GUUCUGAUGUUUACAAUUUUUUAUGUCGCGCCUCGAGCUGGAAAUGGAUCUACAAACACCAGGCCCACCGCCAUCACCUUCUUUGGAGGCACCAAUGCUGUACUGUUCGUUUCGUCUCUUUCCCACUGGCUUUUGCACCUUUGGCGCCGCUGUGUGCCGGCCCACCCUGUCAUCCGCAAG